AUAUAACUAUCAUACGAUAACCAUGUAAGUUUCGCGAUACAUUUUUUUUGUAUUUAUCACGUGAACACCAGUAAUAUCGUGUUGUUUAUCUUUUAUCUUGUUUGUGUUUGCGAUAGUCCUCUCUGUCAGUAAUGUUUGUGCUUAAUUUAAACCUGUCCUGAAUGUGCCCCGAACUGACAUCAGGAUUUCAGUAAAUAAAAACUCUGAACACUUAGUGGUAACAGGAAUAUUAAAGGGUUUUGAAAUACACGAGCAGAGAAUUAAUUAUUAACAGGAAUAUUAUUGUGAUAAGUGUGUGUAUUUCGAAGUUUAUGAGAUCCUUCCGUGCCCGAGGCUGCUUUAUUUGGCAAUUGCGGACUCGGAAUGUAUCCAAACACUCCUAACUAACUAACUUAUCUAGACUUAUCUAGACUCACGAAGGACGAAAUUUGGAAUUAUAGCUACUUUAUCCAGCCAUUUUUUAAUGAAAGAUUUAUCAAAUUUGGUGUGGCUUAUGUUGUGGGGUGGGGAAGACUGAGAAUCCGGGGGGGGGGAACUCCCCUUUCCGGUAUGGAUAUUACCAACCAAGCUCACAUAUGCGGCGGGAACGGGGAUUGUGCCCGGGUCGCCUUGGUAUGAGUCGCGUGUACUAUCCACUGCUAACCGAACAUGUUAUUCUCGCUAGCAACAUAUCGCUGAACAGUUCGGGAAAAGUCAAGAGACCCCAUGGUUUACAGAGCAGAGUCAGAGGUGUUCACGAAGGCAUGAAGAAACCAGGCGAGUCGGCGCCAGAGAACACCCCGCCUGAUCUCAUAGCUGCUGAGGACAUGGUGACGCUGGAUCCCUCGCAGAACGCCAAAGAUAAUACCGAGAUCACAGAUUCGUCGGCAUGUUCCUCUCAACACGUAUUGAAUGUAAUCGACAGCCUUGGUCAUGUUACGGACGAACACACUAGUCCGUCCGGUGAAAAGAGCAGUCUGGAAAGUCUGUUUGACGAAUUUGAUGAGAACGAUAUAACCGAAAUAUACUUCGGAAGUUCUGAGACCGAGAACGCAGUAGCCGGUCUAGAAAAAUGUACGGCCGAAGAGAAUGCUGCGAAUCAAAUUCAAGAAGCCGAAGUUCAAAACAAUUUUCAGGAAUAUAAAAAAAACCCGAACGAUUAUGAACAAUUGGCGAAACAGGAACCAGAAAGUAUUGAAUAUGAUUGCAAUCAGAAUGAAAACAUGAACUUCCAAAGGAAGCGAAGUGUCUCCGAAUGUGACGAAAGUGAUGUUGCUUUAGCUAAGAGGAUUAAACUAGAACCCGACACCGACCAGUCGGAGGUACCUUGUGAUAAUGCAAAGACUGCGAUUGCAGUUAAAACAGAGAUUGAACACAAUAGUCAUGUUCCCAAAUCUCAAACACAUCUCUCGAGUGCCUUCAAUAACAUUGCCAUUGAUUUGUGUCCUCCAGUCGCUAUAGUUACUCCUCUUAGUCAUAAAAAUGACAUUUCGAAAGAAACGAUCUCGAUUAAAUCCGUCAAUGGAACUAAAGACACUAUUAAAACGAACACAAAUGGUAUUUCAGAAUCCCUUUCAGAUAUUAAACCAACUGUAAAGGAAUGUACAAAAGAGAAAAGCUUUAUAAAUGAAGAGAGUCUAUUCUUGAGUGACUCAGACUUCGAGAAAUUUACAAAUGAUCUCUUUUCCGAACAGUCCUUCCAAACCUCAGACGGAAGUAACUGGACAUUCCAAAGAACCGACAGCUUUGCGUAUCAGUCGAAUGACCAAUCAGUGAAUGUUGAAAAGAAAACACUUACAUUCGAGGCACAGCUGGAAGACUUUGAAAAGAUACUGGACAAAUUCAUUCAGUCGGAUGCGGACAGACCGGACACGAAAAGUGCAAUAAAUGGCCGAUUUUUGGGGUCGACUGUACAUGUCACUAGUACGACGAGUACAGCCAAAUUUAAACCUAAACUUGACUCAAUCAGCCAAAAUGUCACCCUGCCACAACCGGAUAUUCUCCGAAACUCAGAACUGCUCCGCGAGCUCUUAGAGAACGAUACGGACACCUCAUUGAAAUCUCAAAACAGUGCAAAACGUCCAGUGAGUGUUGAUCUAUCAUUUUUGAACUCGGACACAAUUUACUCAAAUCGAAGUGCCUCAUCUGCUUCUACUAUUCUCAAGACCAAAACGAUCGAUCCUAUUCCUACCGGUGAACUUCUUAUGAUCUCCACGUCGGACGCAUCUUCUAAACCCGACAGUGUGAACUUUACAGAAUCAUUGGACAGUGAAUCGUGUGAUACUAAAUCUGCCGAUCACGGUCCGUUAUCUUUAGCCGAGCAGCGUCGCGCGAGCGUCACCCUUCACCAUAAAGUACCGAAUAUAGGUGACAUCGUAUCCCCUUGCGGCCCGCUUAGUAGGAUGAACGGCGACGAGACAGAGGCGCUCUUAAAUGAACUCACGAGCCACACCAGUGGCAAUCAAACGGGUCGCACUUCAAGAGACAUUCUGCCAUCGGGACCACAAGACGCUCGUUACGAGUACAUGAAUGGUCCCCGUCCUGUUACCUCGCCAUUUUCCGGGUUUCAUGUGGAAAAUAUCGCCCAUACGAAUGGACCGACAAAUGACCAAGAAUUACGGAUGAAAAUGAGUAUGGGACAGAGGGCUCCUGGCUACGUGGCCGGGAACAGAGGAAUCGUGGGUCUAUCGCAGACUGAGUUUGAAGCCAUGCCAGCAGAGCGCCGACAUCUCAUUGCCUCCCGUUAUGGGCAACUGAUGAGGAAUAUAACGCCAGGCGGCGGCUAUCCAGACGAAAUGUCAAAUCCUUUAACUCGAGCGUCAGUAAAUGAACUUUUGACAGACAUUCGAGCCUCUGUUAAUCCAGUCAACACAUCUAUGUCCGCGAGCGGCCCUCUAAUGCAAAAUCACGAUCAGUUCCAAAUGAACAGUAUGCGUGGAAUGCCUGAAAGUAAUGGAUUGACAUCAAGUCAGAUGAGCCAGCCUACUGCAGAAACGAAUCCUUACGGGAACGAGGCUACCAAAGACCGGAUGCGCUACCUAAUGAUGCAGCAACUGCAUCGACGGCGCAUGGAAGAGCAAAUGGCAUCAAGGGGACAAGCGCCCAUGGAUGGCCAGUGUGGAAUGAUUCCUCAGGGCAAUAUAUCGCGAACACACCCGCCAAUGCCGGAAAUGUUGUCAAACGCAACACACGGUACGAGGUUUCCUAACCAGCAUGGCGGCCUUCAUUCCAAUGCUGGUCACGCUCCGUUUUUCCGUCCUCAAAUGGAUAGUCAAGCACACAUCCCACAACAUAACGAAAACAUGAUGUCUGGUAUGACGCAUGGACCCGGUGCAAACAUUUACCAGCGGCAGUUAGCGCACCAACGGCAGCAGCAGCACCAUCAUCAGCAACAGCAACAUCCUCAGCAGCAACAACAGCAAGACCAUUAUCAACAUAAUCAACAUCCUCAUCAACAAUUGUAUCAUCGUAACCAAAUUACCCAGCAGCAGCAACAUCCUCGACCUCAACAUGAACAACAAAUGCUUCAACGCAUGAAUAAACCACACCAGACUCUCUCCAUUGACCGAUUUUCUCCGGGCCAUCCACAACAGUCUCACCAGUUCUCUGCGAACCUUCUCAACUCACACCUACAGUCGCGCCAAUCUCAGUUCCCCAUGCAUAGAAUGCCCGGCAGCGUCCCGUCGAGCGGUAUGCCACAGAUGCAGGGGCCGUUCGCGUCGAUGCAGUCUCACAACCCUCAUCAGCAGCAGAAUCAUCAUCAGCCGCACCACCAACAGCAGUUGCAGAAUUUCCAAACGCAUUCGCAGGAGCAGUUUCAGUUUAACCCACUGACUUCCGGUGCGAAUCCGUACGGAGCAAACGCGCAACAGAUUCCGUUAACGCCGACGACGCCGACGUUACCCUCCGGUCUUGGAACCGGAAGUAGCGAUAUAAAGCACGAACCACAUAGCACGGAAAAUAUGUCUGAAUUUUUCUUUUGAUAGUUUACUUUGAGAGUUUCUUGUGAUAUAUUAUUUUGAAACUUUGAAGUUGAAUGGUUCACCUUAAUCAAUUAAUUAAUUAAUUAAUGGUGACUUUGGGCAGUAUCGUUGUAAUGAGUUAAAACUUAUAAUGUACAUACCUCAGAUUGUGCGUGUUUAUCCGGCGAUAUUGACAUAUUGAUUUAUUUCAGUUGAAAACAAUACAUUAGUAAUACAACAUUAAAAAUAUACUACGUAAAGAAUCUUAUUUAACAUGAACGAUGUUUUCUUUUUUAUCGCAAGCAGCUGACAUGUGUAGAGUAAUGUUACUGAUACGUCACAUAAUUUCAUGAAAUCUGUUCGCAACCUUCAAAAUGUUCAUUCCAAAUUAAUCCAUAUUACCCUCGCUCUGCCUCUGGUAAUACCGGGCUUAAUAUGUGUGGUAAAAGAGUCGUCACAUUUUAACCCGAGGCGGUACAGUCCUCAGGCAGUACAGUUCUCACAGGCGGUACAGUGCUCACAGGCGGUAUAGUCCUCACAGGCGGUACAGUCCUAACAGGCGGUACAGUCCUCACAGGCGGUACAGUGCUCACAGGCGGUACGGUGCUCACAGGGGGGCGGUACGGUGCUCACAGGGAGGCGGUACAGUGCUCACAGGGAGGCGGUACGGUGCUCACAGGGAGGCGGUACAGUGCUCACAGGCUAUUCAGGGACGACUAUUAACCCGAGGCGGUACAGUGCUCACAGGGAGGCGGUACAGUGCUCACAGGCUAUUCAGGGACGACUAUUAACCCGAGGCGGUACAGUGCUCACAGGGAGGCGGUACAGUGCUCACAUGGAGGCAGUACAGUGCUCACAGGCUAUUCAGGGACGACUCUUUCGACUUUUAUUGUAUUUUUCGUUUAAAGGAGGUCUCUUCUUCGCGAAAAUUUAGUUCAGGCAAAAAGUGUCCCUGAUGUGUGCAUACGCUAAUCUGUGACGACACUUGGCGUACAUGCAUUAAGUGUCCCUGAUGUGUGCAUACGCUAAUCUGUGACGACACUUGGCGUACAUGCAUUAAGUGUCCCUGAUGUGUGCAUACGCUUAUCUGUGACGACACUUGACGUACAUGCAUUAAGUGUCCCUGAUGUGUGCAUACGCUUAUCUGUGACGACACUUGACGUACAUGCAUUAAGUGUCCCUGAUGUGUGCAUACGCUUAUCUGUGACGACACUUGACGUACAUGCAUUAAGUGUCCCUGAUGUGUGCAUACGCUAAUCUGUGACGACACUUAGCGUACAUGCAUUAAGUGUCCCUGAUGUGUGCAUACGCUAAUCUGUGACGACACUUGACGUACAUGCAUUAAGUGUCCCUGAUGUGUGCAUACGCUUAUCUGUGACGACACUUGACGUACAUGCAUUAAGUGUCCCUGAUGUGUGCAUACGCUAAUCUGUGACGACACUUAGCGUACAUGCAUUAAGUGUCCCUGAUGUGUGCAUACGCUUAUCUGUGACGACACUUGACGUACAUGCAUUAAGUGUCCCUGAUGUGUGCAUACGCUAAUCUGUGACGACACUUGACGUACAUGCAUUAAGUGUCCCUGAUGUGUGCAUACGCUUAUCUGUGACGACACUUGACGUACAUGCAUUAAGUGUCCCUGAUGUGUGCAUACGCUAAUCUGUGACGACACUUGACGUACAUGCAUUAAGUGUCCCUGAUGUGUGCAUACGCUAAUCUGUGACGACACUUGACGUACAUGCAUUAAGUGUCCCUGAUGUGUGCAUACGCUAAUCUGUGACGACACUUGACGUACAUGCAUUAAGUGUCCCUGAUGUGUGCAUACGCUAAUCUGUGACGACACUUGACGUACAUGCAUUAAGUGUCCCUGAUGUGUGCAUACGCUUAUCUGUGACGACACUUGACGUACAUGCAUUAAGUGUCCCUGAUGUGUGCAUACGCUAAUCUGUGACGACACUUUACGUACAUGCAUUAAGUACCGUUGUCCAAUAGCGAGGCUCAUAUUGUAUACAUGCCGGAACAUAGAAAUACACAACGAUUACCUGUCCUGUGUAUCUGUCUAUUCAUAUACUUUUCAUGAUUCCUGACUAUCCGUACUAGAUACUUUUUGUUGAACAUUUAUUGCCUUUUACGUUUCAACUGUAAUUGAUUGUUAAAAUGCAAGUGUAUUUCAUAUACACAGCCUUCCACUCAAAUUAUUAACACUGUAUUUAAAUGAUUUAUGUAUACAGACUAUUGCAAAAGUGAUUAUACAACGUAUGUUUACGUUUACAUAAUUAUAUUUAAAUAUAAGUUAAUAAAUGGGCAUUAUUUUUUCCAACAUGCACUUCUACACUUUGUCAAUAAUUCAAUGUGUGUAAGCUAACCUGAGCACAAUGUGCUCAUGGUGAGCUUUUGUGAUCGCCUUUCGUCCGUGGUGCGUCGUGCGGCGUCAACAUUUUCCUUGUUAUCACUCUAGAGGCCACAUUUAUUGUCAGAUCUUCAUAAAAUUUGGUCAGAAGAUUCGUCUCAAUGAUAUCUUGGACGACUUCGAAAAUGGUCACCGUUGCUUGAAAAAAACAUCGCCGCCAGGGGGCGUUGCAUUUUUCCUAAUAUAGCUACACAUGGCUAUCUAGUAAAACCUUGUUUACACUAUAGAGGCCACAUUUUGUCCGAUCUUUAUGAAACUUGGUCAGAAGAUUCUUCAUAAAUGAUAUCUUUGACACGUUCGAACAUUAUUCUGGUUGGUUGAAAAACAUGGCCGCCUUUGGGCGGGGCAUUUAUCCGUAUAUGGCUAUUAUAAAACCUUGUUAAAACUCUAGAAGCCACAUUUAUUGUUCGAUCAUCAUGAAACUUCGUCCGAAGAUUUGUCCCAAUGAUAUCUUGGACGAGUUGGACAAAAAUGGUGCCGAUUGGUUGAAAAAGAUUGCCGCCAGGUGGCGGGGCAGUUUUCGUUUGAUGGAUUUAGUAAAAACUUGUUAACACUCUAAUUGUCACAUUUAUUUCCAAUCUUCAUAACACUGGAUCAUAUCAUUUGUUUUAAUGAUAUCUUGGAUCAAUUCGAAAAUAGUUCCGGUCUGUUGAGCAAAUGGCCGCUAGGCGUCGGGGAAUUUACCCUAAUGUGGCUAUAGUAAACCCUUGUAAGCACUCUAAAAGUAACAGUAACAGUUCACUCCUAUCAAAAUUGGUAAGAACAUUUGUUCUAAAGAUAUCUUUAGGCUUCACUUAGCAGGUCAGUUCCUUUGUAUCUCAGGUGAACGACUUUGUGCCUUUCAGGCCCUCUUGUCGCGUUUAUCACCCCGUUAUGAUGUUUAGAAAGAAACAAAAUAAAGAGGACAUCAUACAAUUUUAUAAA